AGCGCGGGUAAUUUUGCCGAGCAGUGACAGCACUCCUUCAUUUCCUUACUUUAUAAAAUUACAAAGUGUCCACUUUUACUCAUCCCUUUCAUUUAUUUGUUAAUGUCGUAGUGUUGGCCGGUGGUCUGUUGAAAAAUGAGAACUUUGGAGGAAGUUCAGGCGACACUUGAAAUCGCCAAGCUGAAAGAAGAAGAUCUCCAGAAAACUGUCCAGUGUUUGUCUCUUGGAGACAACGUCUCUUCUGAUGACUACUGUCUCAUUGAGCUGGACGACACAUUGUGCCAUCACAUAGAAGCUGGACAGAGCUUGGUGAUCAGAGGAGACACAGACGAACACGCCGUGUUGUGUAGUGGAGACAAAACGUACGAUUUAAAGAUUGCGCACACAUCCAACCUGCUGCUCUUUCUGCCUGGAUGUCAAACACCGGAACAUUUAACCAACAGCCAGCAGAGCACACAUGUGCUUCAUGCUGAGAUCUGGGGCUUUUGCAACAGCUACUGGGAAGUGAGGAAACAUCGUCCAAGACUCAAGAAACUGUUGAAGGUUUUAAUGGAGAACCCUUAUGAAGGACCUGCUCUGGCAGGACAGCAGGAGAACACCGAGAACACGUACACCAUGGACGAUCUGCUGGAGACAAUCCAAGCCAGUGAAGAGGAGAUAAAGAAACAUUUGCAGACCAUCCACGCCUGUCAGAUAAACGGCUGCUGGCGUGUGCUUGACUCAGACUAUGAGAUGAAGUUACUGGGUCAUGUGACUCAGCUGGUGGACUCUGAGUCGUGGUCUUUCAACAAGGUUCCGCUUCAAACCAGUCUGGAGGAGUUGGGCCCCCUAGAACCCAGAGAGAUGAUCGAGCACUGUUUAAACUGCUAUGGGACACACUACAUUGAAAAUGGUGAGGUGUUCUACACGUUGGAUGAGGCUAAAGUUUGUCGGGCCACGGCGCUGAUGUUGCUGAAGAAUGCUGUCAAGUUCAACCUGGGGGAGUUUCAGGAGGUUUGGCAGCAGAGCGUCCCAGAGGGAAUGAGCACCCGACUAGACCAACUGAGGAGUGCCGCCCUGGUGGACCGCACCUCCCGCCCGGAGACCAUCUGCCUGCUUAGGGUAGAAGAUCUCCCUGAGGACACCCUGGAACGCUUUAACCAUCUCUUCACACUGCGAGAGAAAUGGACUGAAGAGGACAUUAUACCAUAUAUAGAGGAUCUUUGUGGCGAGAAACAGACUACAGGAGCGCUGUUAACCAAAUAUGCUCGAUCUUCAAUGCAAAAUGGCACCAAGGUGUUCAACUCCAGAAGGCCUAUUGCUACAUGAACACAAUCACUCAUCUUCUGUCACAUCUGAAUUUACAUGUUGCUGUGCUGUGCUGUGCUGGAAUGUUGACUUUUGGAAUUUAUCCGGCAAACCUUUGAGGGCUAUUCUAUAUUAUAUACUUCAGUUUUAAAAAU